UUUAAACAGUUAAUUGUUUUGUUUAUUGUUCGUUGAAUUGUUUCCUCUCAAUUUAUUGAUUAAUCAAGGAUUCGACAUUGGUUGUAAUGGAUUCUGUGUUGUUUGAAGAACAGAGAUUCUAGAGAAUCAAAGAAAAUAUCGUUUUCUUUUCUCGUUGUUUUAAGAGUCAAAGGUGAUUAAGGUAAAAAUGUUUUCUUUUUAAACAUAAAUUCCAAGCACCAAUCACAUGGAACCUUUUAGACUCUUGGGAGAUGCUGUUACCGGAUUACCAUUAUUCUCCAGCCUGUCAACGGUAUAUUAGGCCAAUCUUCGUAUGCAGAUGACAUUAGUCACUCUCUCUCUCUCACCUAUCACUUUGUAAAUGUGAAUUUUGUUUCAACACGUAAAGAAAAGGAGUAAUUUGGACGGACUAAAGUAUAACAUUUACAAAGCCUAUCAUUAAAUUUAAUCAGACGUUUCCAUCUUAAUUCCUUCAACAGGAAAGACCAAGCAAAUAGAAAAGGUGAUUAACAAUUGAAGGUAACACAACAACAAGAAGACUAACAAAAAGAUGGCGAGAAGGGAAAUGGAAGAGAAAAUAAAAGUGCAAAUUCUAUUGAUGAUAAUGAUGGAUCCAAAAAGAGAAAAAAACACCAAGAAGAAGAAGAAGAAGAUAAAGGAAAACUAUGGAGAAUGGAAGAAGAAACUGAAAAGGCCCAAAAGUAAAUGGAAAAAUGAAAUAGCAACGAAAAGAAAUCAUCUUUACAUCAAAGAUGAGAAGGGAGAUGAAGAUGAUGCCGCUAACUGAUGAUGAUAAUGAAGAAUAAGGAGAAAAUGAUGAUUGUAAUCAUGAUGAUAGAGGAUAUAUAAUUUUUCUUUUUUUUCUACGCGUAACAUGUUUAUACAAAAGAAAAACUAUCAAAUAACUUGAUAGAAGCGACCUAACGACUUGUAGCUACUCUUCCUUCUGUUAAUAACAACUUACAGCACAAACAAAAGAUGAUGUCUACAUUGCAGAUGUUAUAUCAUCCUGAUCAUCAUCAACAACAAAAUAACCCAAAGCGAUGACCACAUCAACUGAUGAAGUAAAGUUUUCCUUAUGUUGGAUUUAAAGUGAUUUCUUUUUGUUUCUAGUGUUGGAUUAAUAUUGAUCACAGCGAACGAUUAACCGAUAGCUUUUUGUUUAUCCACAAUAACUGAUGACAAUUUAGAUGUCAUCACAAUUAUCACAAUCUAAUCUACCAUGGAAAUGAAUUUAUCUUGACCAAAACCAUGAGCCAAUAAUGUUAAUCAACGAUAACAUGUUAACAACAAGAUUAACAAGUAAACUGGAAUCAGAAAAGAUGACAAGUAAUUCUUGUCAUACUAAUUAUAUUCAGUCGAUCAGUCAGAAUAGACAAGAUCGACUGAAGAGAAUAGGCCAAAAUUUCAAUUGGUUAUCUAAAUUAUUAUCAAUUUGUAUUUUAAGCGUUUACAUUAUUCCUUUUGUAUUUUCUUCAUCUUUAUCAUCCUCAUCACCAAUUGAUCCUCUUGUAAACAAAAGAUGGUCUCGAUCAGCUCAACUAUCAACACAAAACAAUCAAUUGGAAUUAAAAUAUGAAAUGACUGAAAAUUCACCAGCAGGAACGUUAAUCGGUGUAAUUAGAAGUCCAUUAGGAUACCAACCAUGUCAACCGCCAUUUUUAAUUGUUCCCAUUCGAAGUGGUUCCCAUUCAUCAUCAGAAUCAUCCUCAUCUUCAUCUCAAUCCAAUCUACGAAAUGGAGUUGACACUGAUCUUAAUAUCGACCAAGCAUCAGGAGAGAUUCGCAAUUCAAUUGUUCUUGAUCGAGAGGAAACUUCUUAUUACACUUUUAUCGCAAUUCCCUUCGUUGGACCAAACAUCAAAGUAACGAUCACAGUUCUUGAUUCCAAUGAUAACGCACCUUUAUUUCCGCUUCCUAGUAUUCACCUUGAAUUUCCAGAGAAUAGUAAAGUUCGAGAUGUGAAACGUACUCUUCCCCCAGCUCGUGACAAUGAUUUAGGAAUCUUUGGAACCCAAAAAUAUCAAAUCGUAUCCGGAAAUCUCGAAAAUGCGUUUAGAUUAGUUAGUCACCGAGAAAAGGAUGAUGUCCUUUAUCAUGAUCUUCAGGUGAACGGAAUAUUAGACCGUGAAUCCACUUCCUAUUACACUUUAAUUGUCGAGGCUUUGGAUGGUGGGACACCCCCGCUCUCCAGUCAACUUCUGGUCAAUAUCAGCAUUCUCGAUGUUAACGAUAACGAACCGAUAUUUACUCAAUCGCGAUACGUUGCGACGCUACUUGAGAAUGCGACUGUUGGAACAUCGAUCCUUCGUGUAACUGCCACCGAUUCUGACGAAGGUUCAAAUGGUAGGGUCGAAUAUUCAUUGCCGACUAAUCGAAGGCCAGGAACUGGAAUUACCCUCACCGAAGAAGCUUCCUACUUCGAGAUUAACAAAGAAACUGGUUGGAUUUACUUAUCUCGUCCAGUUGAUUUCGAAUUGAAAGAUUCACACGAACUGGUUGUUGUCGCUCGAGAUUGUGGCCUUCAACCUCUCGAAACUUCGGCAUUUGUUUCCAUCAGCGUAGUUAAUGUUAAUGAUAAUCUGCCGACGAUUGAUCUAUUAUUUCGAACCGAAGAUGCUAAACCAAUCGUUCCUGAAAAUGUCAACAUUGGUGAUUUUAUUUCGAGAAUAUUAAUCAACGAUUCGAUUGGGUCUAAUGGCUUAAUAUCGACGGCUGAUUUCAAUGGACCAACGACUUAUACUUUUCCAGAGGAUUGUUGUCAUCGAAGCGAAAACAUAUUACGAUUGGCAUUGAAUAUUAGUCAUGAUCAUUUCGAUGUUAAUUAUCAGUUGAAUGAAAUAUCGGGUCGAGAAAAUAUCUUCUCAAUUAAUUCGGAAAAUGGUUUGAUUGUGUUAAUGGAACCUUUUGAUUUUGAGAAAACAUCAGAGUACAAGUUGAAUUUGACAGCGGCCAUUUACUUACGAACAUCAAUCGGCCCUUUGACAAUAUCAAACUUUGAUCGAAUCGGUUCAUCGGCUUCAAUAAAUUCCGAAUCAAAUCAAAAACCAAUCAGAACAAUUUCUAAAGUUUUCACUCUCAAAAUCACCAAUGUUAAUGACGAAAGGCCAAUUUUCACUCAAUCGAAUUACAAUCGAGAGAUCUCGGAAUCAGUUUCUCCUGGGACAUUGGUUACUACGAUCGAAGCCAAAGAUGCCGACGCAAAUUCUGAUCUUAUGUACGUGAUUCCCCCAGGGCACGAGGAGUACAAGUACUUUUCUAUUGAUCGGAAAACGGGCGCAUUGAAAACACUCAUAUCUUUGGAUAGAGAAACUCGUGAGGUUCAUCGGAUUCCUAUUUUUGUUUUCGAUGACCAUUAUGUUCAUGCAACUUCAACUGUGGUCAACGUGGUUCUACUUGACGUUAACGACAAUCAACCGAUAUUUUCAAGUUUAUCCCAAUCAGUUAAGAUUCUUGAAAACAUUUCACCAGGAACCAUUUUCCAUACAAUCAUAGCUUCUGAUUUAGAUACACAAACGCGAUCGGUCAACUCCUCGGCCAAUCAACCGUCCAGUCUUGAAUAUUCAAUAAUCAAUGGUAAUGAUGACGGUAAAUUUGGUAUCAAUCGAGCCACUGGUCAGCUAUCAACAUUGUUACCUCUUGAUCGUGAACGCAAAUCUGGUUACAAUUUAACAAUUCAAGUGUCUGAUUCACUUUACACCAAUCGAUGCAAUUUAACAAUCGAGCUGAUUGAUGUUAACGACAAUUCACCAAUAUUUGAUAAAUCAGUUUAUAAAACUAUUCUUAACGAAUCACAAUUAGCUAAUUGUGAUACAAGUGGAACAAGAGUUUUAUCCGUUGUAAAAGUGAGAGCAGUUGAUCCAGAUUUAGAUAAUUCAAUCUAUUACACUAUUUCGGCCUCGGGGUCACCUGAAGCGAUGUAUUUCACUAUCGAUCCAAUUACUGGUCUAAUUACAACUGAUUGUGCGGCAUUGGCUCAGGCUCGAAAAGCUAAAUUAGUUAAUUUACCUGAAACCGAUUAUGCAUCCUCAAGUCCGUCAAGUUUAACUCUCUCCUUUGAUGUAUUGGCCAUUGAUGUCGGAAGUUCACCUUAUGCCACUCACACGAACAAAACAACGAUUCAAGUGACAGUCGUAGAUUUAUCUGACUCGGAUGCACCACGAUUAUCAAGCUACCCGACGAUAAUUGAAGUUUCUGAAAAGAGAGAAGAUUUUAAAGUUGGAGCUGAAAUCGGCCGGAUAAUUGUGGCCGAACAACGAACUCAAUCAAAAGGCGAAAGUGCUAAAGAUUCAUCAUUGAACUUCACAAUUGUCGAAGAAGAUACAAACAUCCGAUUCUCUGAUUAUUUCAAUCUCGAUCCUCGAACUGGUUCGAUAACUGUCAAAAAACUGUCGACUCAUAAUCAUCAUGAAGCUUUUGUUGAAGUUCGUAGAAAUGGACAACAUUUCACUCUAACUCUAGUCCAGGUCAUUUUAUCUGGAGAAAUAUUAUCGACAUCAGCAACUGAUUCGAGUGCAUCGACCAAACGAACACGACCUUCGAUCCCAUUUAAUGUUUCACUUUUUGAAAAUGUUCCUCUUGGAACCGAAGUUAUUAAUUUGAUGUCACGAUAUCGAACCUUUGGACAAAACGAGGAACGAACACCAUUGAACGAUUACCAGUUCCAAUUCGCGUUCACUUCCGUAAAUCAAUCAACUUUCUUCUUGUACCCAGACACUGGAAUCAUCACCAUCCGUAAAUUGUUAGAUUUUGAAACUGACCCUUCUCGAAUUGAAUUGGUAAUUCUAGCACGAAAACGAAACGCACUUUCAGAGCCAAUGUUUUUCACCGUGACACUUUCUAUGGUUAAUGUUAACGAUAACGCACCUCGAUUCACUCAAGCUCAUUAUAUUUCAACCGUUAGUGAAGGUGAAUCAAGAGGUACUUUCGUUACCCAAAUAAGUGCUCUUGAUGUUGAUAAUGUGGACAGUUUAGUUGCAUCUCGUGAAUCGAUUGACAUGGAAUCAAGUGGCAAAUUGUCACCCGGUAAAUCAACUGUAACUUAUCAUAUUCUGGAAGGAAAUCACGAUAACGCAUUUAUCAUCGAUCCACCAGGAUCGGGAAUCGUUAAAACAAAUAUUGUUCUAGAUCGGGAAAUUCGAGAUCAUUAUGUCUUAACGAUAGUCGCCAAUGAUGAAGGUCCAACUGGACUAUCUUCGGCUUCAAGGGACUCUCGUAAUUUGGCCUCAGCAUCAUCUCAAUUAUCGUCACACUGUACCCUUGAAAUUAAUGUUAUCGACAUUAAUGAUAAUGUACCAGUUUUUCCGCCCUAUCAAGAGAUUUCUGUCCUCGAAGAUGCCGAAGUGGGUGCGACUGUUGCUUCUUUGACUGCAAAUGAUGUUGACACUUUUCCUCCACUAACUUAUUAUCAAAAAAGAUCUCAUUUGGAUGGAUCAAGUGAUAAUAUCGAUGAUCUAUUUGACAUUGGACUUUACACUGGACGGAUAACCUUAAAAUCGCGACUUGAUCAAUUCCAGUCUCCAUCAGUUACUUCAUCAUCGUCCCCGUCAACACCCAAUCAAUACAAAAUUGCAGUUCUAGCCUCAGAUUCACUCAACACCAUUGAAACUCAAGUUGUAAUCAAAGUUAAACCAAAAAAUAUUUACCAAAGGCCACCCGUUUUUGAGCACGAUUAUUAUUUUGUCCCAAUUAAGGUGGAUACUCACCCGUGUGUUUUAUCUGGAUCAGUUAAUUGUAAAAUUGUUCAAGUUUCAACAAGUGAAUCGGAAGAAGACAUUUCAGAUACUUUACCGCGUCUCAAGGUGACCUACAAAUUAGCCGGUGGACCAAGUACAUCGAAAGGCUUUUAUAUCGACUCAUAUACUGGCUCAAUUUACAAUAAUCGAAGUUUAUCUCGAUUGGGUAAAGGUUCACCAACAGGUUCGAUGUUUCAGUUGACGGUAAUCGCAGGUUAUACCAACGAAGCAGGAAGAUUCAUCUCAGGCCAUAAAGCUAAAAGUUCCGUUUUAAUCGUGAUUCCUGGAGGAAUUAAUAUCACUAAUAGUUCAUUUCAAUGUCGGCCCUUUCAGAUCAGAAUUCGAGGGGAACAAACAAAUUAUUCGAUUUCGGUGAAAAGAGAUUCAAUUGAUCAAAUUCUCCUCAAAUUGGAUCGAUUCAAAUCUGAAACUUUCACACUGACCAAUGGAAAUACGGAUCGAGCUUUCGCUCUAAUUAGAGGCAACGAAUUAAUUAUGACCAAAAAACCAACUCGAAGUGAAUAUAAAUUGACGAUUUUCCGAUAUUCAGCGGAAACUGAAAUGAUGGACGAAAACAGUAAUCACCCGAUAACUUUAACCGUCAACAUUAAAGUCCAAAUGGACGAAUCUGGAAAUACAACAACGGCUUUUAAAUCUCAGAUCUUUUCCGUGUCCAUCAGCGAGACUUCGCUUCCAGGUCAUCAGGUUAUAUCAGUUCGCUCCGAUUCUGACCAUUUAUCAUCUUAUCGAUACUCGAUUUACUCUGGUAACGAAAUGAAUGCUUUUAAAAUCGACGAAGUGACCGGCAUCAUAACAAUCAACAAAUCAAUCGAUUAUGAGACUAAACGUUUCCAUCAACUGACCAUAAUGGCCAAACCAUUUUUCGGUUCACACAACAAAACGGACUUUUGUUUGGUCAAUAUUGAGAUUUUGAAUGAGAACGCCAAUAGACUUAAACUCGGUUUACAAUCUUACAAGAUAAUCGUUGAUGAAAAUACACCAAUCGGUACUCCCGUCGUGAAGAUAAUGGCCUCUGAUUCUGAUAUGUCAUCGCUUAACUACACUUUCUUACCUUCGAUUGAUGGCCUUGCACCUUUCGGUUUUGAUUCUCGUUCUGGUUACAUCGUCACCACGGACACUAUAGAUUAUGAGUCCCUAGUGUCCAGUUAUUCACCAGCACCGCCGACAUUUAAAAUGAUUUUGAAAGCUGUUGAAACGGCAAAAAGUUCAGCUGAAGUUUUAAUCGAGGUUUCGAUUGCAUCGGUCGAUGAAUAUCCGCCAAGGUUUACCUCAGAACGUUAUGAUUUCAAAGUGACCACUUCCUAUGGCAUUUCAACUGUAAUUGUUGGACAGAUAUCGGCAACCGACGGUGAUCUUGGACCCGAUGGUCAAGUCGUCUACUCAAUCCGAAGCUCAUCUCCACCCGGAGCAGCUAAAAAGUUUUCCGUAAAUUCAACCACUGGUUUAAUAACAAUUACCACCGCUGUUGUUGAUAAAAUUCCUCCUCAUUUCACUUCUUUGGUUGUUUCCGCUUCCUCAGGCCGAGCGGGUUCACUCAACUCAUUGACUCGAAUAGCGAUUAAUUUAAUUCUUACCGGUGAUAAAUUGUCGAAUGAUAUUUCCCAAUCAGGGCCACUUUAUGAUGGAUCAAAUUUCAACUCGUCGACACCUUCAGUAUCAUCAUUACCUGUUUGGGUCAUGUUUUUGAUUAUCAGUCUAUUCUUGAUAACUUGUGUCCUGUUUGUCGCCAUUUUUGCCAUUCGAUCACAUCUUUUUGAACAAUCAUCUGGAUCGGGUCAUCACCACCAUCGUCAUGCUACUGGACAUCAUCAUCAAUCCUUCAUGACAACAUCAGCAUUGGCAUCUAUUGUCCCCGGUGUCGGAACUUUACUUCGUAAAAUUGAUGCUGCUCGAGGUUCUUCCGGUGAAGGUUGUACUCAUAUUGGUAACACGACCAUCGACUCAAUGAACGACACGUCCACUACUUAUGAUCACGCAUCAUUUCAAGGUUUACAUUUAGUCAAUCAUCAUCAUGGUCAUGCAGCGUCUUACUUGACUUCAGGUCAACAUAACUCACUUCCUCCUUGUUAUAAUGAGGUUAAUAGUUUGGUCGCAUCAGGAUCAACGCCGAGAGGUUUAGCUAAUCGACCAGGAAAUGGUAUCCACGGAGAAGGUAAUUCAGCUUCGUCUGGACGUGGGUCAGCAGAAGAAGACGAGGUUGAAGGUGAUCUGGAUGGAGUCGAUGAAGAGGUUCGAAUGAUUAAUGAAGGUGAUGGUUAUCAUACUUUUGGUAUUGAUAAUUUAGGUCCAACUGAUGAACACGAACUUAUACCAAGCACAGCCGAGUAUCUCGCUCGUCUUGUUAUAUUUGAUCCCGAUGUCGCAGUUCGAGAAGAUGAUGUUGACACUCUUGCAGAAGAAGUUCAAAGUAAAGCAGGAAGUGAAUCAAAGGGAUUCAUGACUCGAUCUAAAUCAGGACUUUCGACUUCAAGUCUUCGUGAUAGAAAACAACUUCGUCGACCACCAAUAAUACCUCCGAUCGUCGAUGAAAGCGAAUGGAAUGACCUAUCAUGUAUCGAAGAGGAGCUUUCCGAUGCUUACAGUUGGGACUAUUUAGCCGAUUGGGCUCCACAAUAUCAACCAUUGGCCAAUGUUUACACCGAGAUUGCGACUUUAAAAGGCGCAAUUCAUUACGAUAAUACAAUCGGCAGUUCAUCGAGUGGACUUUCAGAUUCACCCGCUUACAUGAGAACCAGUUCAACCCCCGCUGGUGAUGAUAAUAACCAUGAAACAAACUCUCUUCAUAGCCAUUCAACAACCGGAUCAAAAAGAUCGGCUGCUCAUUUGACCCUCCCGUCAACCUCCUCAGGUCAUCAUCGUCAUCAUCCUCUUUCAAACAAUCGACUCUCAACACUUGACACACGAGGUUCAAUUCCGCCUCAUGAAAGUUCAUCUUCGGUCUCAAACGGAUCAGCAUUCAUACCUUUCGGUAAUCGACACUUAUCAACCAAUGAUGGAUUUCCCUGUGAUAAUAGAUUAAAAGGAAUCGCCAGCGAUUCAUCGAGCGAUGCGUCAACAGCGACCGCAGUUUUCGUAGAUAAUGAUUCAUCUGAUCAAUUGCGAAUCUAAUAGAUCAGAUUAAUCGAAACUUAUUUUCGUGAUCAACUUAUUAAUAAUUCUAGUCUCAAGAUAACUUUCAGUUAAACUGCAAAGUGUAAAUUGCCUUAUAAUUAAAUAUUCAUCGUCUUUCCUAAAUCCAUUUGAAUAUCACAAUCAUACAGUUGUAUUUCAAUUCAUCAUCAUCAAAAUAAAUUCACACUUUUUGUAGUAUUUAUUACAAUUAAAUAAAAUAAUCUCUCGAGUGUUAAGAAAGUUUUUCAAACUUUUAUUCAACAGUUUUCAUAUUAGCUUCAUCUUCACUGUCUUCGUCGUCGUUAUUAUCAAGACAAUCAUCUUCAUAUUGAGUGAGAAGCAUUUGUUCAACUGUAUCCGGCAUUUCAACCCCUUUGGUCUCAGGUAACACAAUAACCGAAAGCGCCGCAAUCGUGGACGGUACUGAUAACCAAAUGAAAGUGACCUUUAAGCUGGUU